CUGUCACCGAGUGUCGCGCCGCCCUCCCCGCCCCUCUGCCGGGGGUGUGGGAGCGCAGCCGAGCGCGCGGCAGAGGGCCGGGCGCGUGGGGACGCGGGAGUGCGGGGUUCUGGACAAGCCGCGCGGCACGAGGAGCGCGCUGGCCUCCUGAGCUCGGCGCUGAGCCCGGAGCCCGGAGCCCGGAGCGGGCCGCUACCCGCUCCCUGUGCGCUGGGCGGCAGCCCCGGCCGCGGCAGCCCGGCUCCCGGGGAGCGCGCCUCGCCAUGGAGCCUUCGCACAAAGACGCCGAGACGGCGGCUGCAGCGGCGGCAGUGGCGGCGGCGGACCGGGGGGCGUCCUCGUCCAGCGGGGUGGUGGUGCAGGUCCGCGAGAAGAAGGGCCCCCUGCGCGCCGCCAUCCCCUACAUGCCCUUUCCUGUGGCCGUCAUCUGUCUCUUCCUCAACACUUUUGUGCCGGGACUGGGGACGUUCGUCUCGGCCUUCACCGUGCUGUGCGGUGCCCGCACCGACCUCCCGGACAGGCACGUGUGCUGCGUCUUCUGGCUGAACAUCGCCGCGGCCCUCAUCCAGAUCCUCACGGCCAUCGUCAUGGUGGGCUGGAUCAUGAGCAUCUUCUGGGGCAUGGACAUGGUCAUCCUCGCCAUUUCCCAAGGCUACAAGGAGCAGGGCAUCCCACAGCAGCUGUGAGCCUGCGGGGGCCGCCGAGAAGCCCGGGGCCCGGGAGGACCAUGCCAGGCAGCGGUCUUCACACGUUCUCUUCCGCUGCUUCCUGGGUUUGGAGGGGAAAGAAGGGAUUUAAAAAUAUUAUUUAUUUUCAAAACGCAUCUGCUUUUCUCAGCAGGCUCUGAGGGCUGCUGGCUCCUCCCCCUGCUCCAGAAAGCCCUGUAGCGCAGGCACCCGGAGCAUCAGGGUGGAGUGGGGGUGGGGAGAGGGUGGCGACGGCAAUGCCCACGGAGAGGCUGCGGCGCCGGCCCCACCCACCUUGCACACCCGCUGCCCACCUCCAGGGCGCCUGGGCUGCCUGGCCAGCUUGUCAAGGUGCAGGAUCGCGGUGAACACCUCUUCUGGUCCCCAGCCCCUGCCAGAGUGGUCUCCUGGGGCUGCACCAGGGCGGAAGUGAGGAUGGACAGACUCCAGCCCAGUGUGGACAGCCUGCUGUGUCCUUAGCUGUCAACGGGCGGGGCGGGGGGGCAGAUCCUCACAGGUGUCUCCUUAUCGCUGCCCCUACCUCCUUGCCAAGGCCUGGGGGUGUUCGAUCUCUGUUUCUCUGGAAAGGAAGGAGAGCAGUGGCUCCAUUCCUGGGGUAAAACUGCCUGAACUGCCAGACGUUCAUACACAAAUUGACCAUCCAUAUCUCAGUGGGCAGCCUUUCCCAUUAUACGCGACAUUUCAGGUCCACGGUCUUUUUUUUUUCCCCCCAAAUCCUUAGGAUCAGAUGGGUCUCUCUGGAUAAAUUUGGGAUUUGAGAGGAGAGUAAGAGACACUAAGGCACAUUUCCUAACAGGUGGGCAGAGCCUGGAACAGUGCUCCCCCUUCAAACACGUGACCGUUUCUGCAGAGAAUCAUGAAUCCAUAAAACUGUAAAUAGCCCCACCUCUGUGCUGGGUGGGCUUUGCCACUAACUAAGUUUGGGAGGGAACUCACCUUUUAAGGACUUUGAGGGAUUUUAGAAUUGCAAAAAAAAAAAAAAUGUUUGGGGCAGUGGACCUCUUUCUGAAAAUCCUGCAAACAGAUGUAUCAGGGUGACAUUGCUGUGUUACAUGGAGAUUUCUCCUAUUGCAAAGGGUCAGUCCUUUAAGACACCUCUGGAAGUGAUUGUUACAGAGCCGGAGGCAACAGAAGCUCAAUCAGAAAUGAAGAGAAAGGAGAGCUAAGUGACAGCCACACACUGGGCAAGGACAUAGCUGUUUUAUUUUCAUCUUCAUUCUAACGUAGGAAUCAUUAAAAUGUGAGACUGGCCCAAAGCCAGGUUUGCGCCUUCCUGGACUCUGCGCCAUUGGCUGUGUGUCUCCCCGAGGGAGAAUUCAGCCAGGGCUGGAGGAGUAGCCUGUCUGGCUGUUUUCCCUGUGCCGGAUGGAAAGGCUUGGGGAGCCUGCGGCUGGACAAGCCCCUCACUCCACCGUGAGUCUCUUUGGGGGCCUCUGCCUGCCUAGUCUCUUUUUCUAAAUCCUCCCCUUGAGGCGGUGGUCCACCCGUCCCAUCCACUGGCUUUUCUUAGUUCUUUUUUUCUUUGCUUUUUUAGGGCCGAACCCAUGGCACAUGGAGGUUCUCAGGCUAGGGGUCGAAUCAGAGCCUCAGCAGUCAGCCUCUGCCACAGUCACAGCAAGGCUGGAUCCGAGCCACAUCGGUGAUCUACACCACAGCUCUACGGCAAUGCUGGAUCCUUAACCCACUGAGUGAGGCCAGGGGUCGAACCUGCAUCCUCAUGGAUACUAGUUGGGUUCUUAACCUGCUGAGACACAAUGGGAACUCCCACUGGGUUGUCUAAUUCCAGUCCUGCUGGGAAGUGGGCCUGGACAGCAAACUGGCAUCCUCAGGACGAAAUCCCUUUCAGCUCCUCAUCUGGUCCCGGGCCCGACUCAGGGCUGGGUUCGCUCCUUCUCCCCCUAAGCCUACCGGGCCGCCUACCCCUUAGUUCUGAUGAGCGUCUGGUCCCCCUUCUGGGUCUGGGUGGCGCUUUCUGAACACCUGGCAGUGUCUGUCUCUUCCCUCCUCCCUCCCUCCUGGCUCCCACCCAGGCCUUUGCUGCUUCUUUCAUGUUUGGAAGACUCCAUGCUUUCCAGGCGUGGGCUCGGCUUUGGUUUCAUCCUGAAAGUCAGAACCUUCCUCUGUGUGAAGACGGCAUCCUCCAGGCCAAGUGCAGAGCAGGCUGGCGGCUGGCGGCUGGCUGCUGUCGAGGAAGCGGGGCGAAAAAGCCCUGAGAAUCACAUAAAAACAGCUUCCCCUAGAAUCAGAUAAAAACAGCUUCAGGCGAGGGAAGUAAUGUCCCUGCCAGCCCACAGCCCGUCACCCCAAACAGCUCCCCCCAGUUUGCCUGACUCUCUGCAGCAAUGACAGGUGUCAGGUGGCUGCCCCCACAGGGAGAGAGGUGGAUCUUACUUUCCUGGCGUGGCCGGGGGUGGCUGCUGAGGGGGUGAGCAGAGACAGAAAUUUAUGUCUCGUGUUUAGUGACACCCCAGACACAGGUGGGGUUUUCUUGAGUGACAAGUGUCACCGUGCGUCCCAGCGUGGGAUGGCUUCACGUGGGUGUUUGUGCGCUUGGAAGUUCACCUCCCCUCCUCCGCCCCCUGCCCCGGAUUCUCCCCUCACCUGCCGCUGCCCCUCCCAACCUCAGGAGGAAGAUGCUUUCCAGGUAACUGAAGCACGGAGGGACCCCAAGGGGCCCCUGCCUGUCUUCUGAACAUCGCGCCUGUGAGGAUUGCCAGGUGGGAGGAUCAGCUCAAAAGAGCUUCCCUCUAAGGGAGACCAUGGCCUCGGGGUUAUUGUCUUGGUUAGAUAAGGAACGGGGGCUGGUGUACUGGUCGUCUGAGCUGGCCGCUCAGGCUGUUGGAAGGCCAGGGUUAACUGACCGAGUACCAGCCAGCUGAAGGGUUCUCAGGCCAGUAAGUGCCCGGAUAACACACAGCCCUUUGGUGAGACCUGGGCUUGUCUCACUGGUGCAGCACGAGGGUGAUGGUCCAGGAGUCCCAGGGUCCACGUCCAGGCUUUCAUCAGUUACAGGUGUUCGGGGCUUGCAGGCACAGAGAAUUUGACAGUGAAUGAGAUGCUCCCGGGACCUAAUCAUGCCGCUUGAAUCAGGGUGGCAUUCCCUUGGGCCAGAGCGGGAUCCUGGAGCAAGGAGGAGCCACCUGGUGGCUGGGGAGUGCCCUGUGGGCAGUGGAGACGGCUGACCUGGAUCUUCAGAUCUGAGUCCGAGCCAAGACUUGGGGCCAGGAAGGCACAGGGUCCCCGUGGCAGAUGGCUCCUGGCUCUGGUCUGGUACCCCUCCUGCUGGGGGCAGGAGACACCCCGCUGUGGCCCUCCCCUGGCCCCCACCUGAAAGUGGCCUUGGCCUUGGCGUCAGCUUCUGGCUGCACUUGACAGAAGGGAAGGAAGGGGCACAGGGCCCUCCCUCUGCUGCCCUGGACCCAUGUGUCAGCCCCAAUGACAAGAACAGCCUCCCCUGUGCUGGGCCCUUGCUAGGCACUGUGCUGCCUUUUUUUUUUUUUUUUUUUUUUUUGGCUUUUUAGGGCCGCAUAUGGAAGUUCCCAGGAUGGGGGUCGAAUCAGAGCUGCAGCUGCCGGCCUACACCACAGCCACAGCAAUGCAGGAUCUGAGCCUUAUCUGCAACCCACACUACAGCUGACAGCAAUGCCAGAUCCUUAGCCCACUGAGCGAGGCCAAGGAUUGACCCACGUUCUCAUGGAUCCUAGUUGGGUUCAUUAACCGAUGAGCCACAACAGGAACUCUUGUGCUGCAUUUUAUGUCCUGUAACCCUUAGAAUGGUCUGGGGAGCGGGUGGUGUCAAUGUGCCGAGUUUUUAGAUGUCAGAACUGAGGCCCCAAGAGAGGAAGCCACGGGCCCCCAAACAUAUGCUCCAGAGGAAGGAGGAUGGCUGUGGCAGAGACAGGGUUUUCUGAGGGGGCCUGGCCCCCUCAAAUGUAGUAGGGUGCCACUCUGCUGUCACCAUCCUGAGUAGCCCGCAAACCCUCACUCCCUGGUGGAAGGCAGGCCCGAAGGGGACCCGUGCUGCCGUGAGAGAAUGGUGGCUGCAGCUGGAGCUGGUACUGGGGACUGCCUGGUCCAACACGCAGGACCGCCCCGGGGUACCCGUCCCUGAUCCACCGUGACUCAGAGACACUGCGAUGAUGCCACCAGGGCUGAGGAGCCUCGGCAACGACACUAACAGGAAGUACAGAAAGAAAGCCAGCUACACACUAACGUCUUCUCCUGGAGGAACAGGACUGAGAUCUCAGAAAAAGCAAAACACAGACCCCAAACAACAAGCCUGGGGCUUCAGAAGGAGGUGCUGACUCCACCCACCAGACCAGGAGGAUGCCUUCCAGAGGCCUCCCAAGGAGGAAAGCAAGGAGCUGGCUGAUCCUUCGGGGCCACCUUGGCUCUUUAAAUUAAAGACAUGCCUCAGUUUAACCAUCCAUAGCUUGGGAACAAGGGGCCUGGGCAGCCAUCAUUGUUUUCAUUUCUUUCAGAGCAAAGGGCUUGGAGUGAGUCUCCUCCGGCAAGGGACAAGGAGUAGCAGAGGCUGUUCUGUCCUGUUGCAGGCCCCAGGGGCUCAAGGGGCAGGGCUCUUUCCAGUAAAACAGGAACACUUGUCCCCCGAGUCCACUCUGCCUUCCUGAGCCUAUCACAGAGCAGGGAGGUUGAUGACAGAGUCCUGCCUGUGUGUGUCCUGAUUUCUGGUACAAGUUGUCACUGGCUGUGGAACCUCUGUUCCCAAGCCCUCCCAAAUGCCAGCCAUGCCGGCCACCCCCGCCCCCACACUUUCACCCUAGAGUGGGCAGAAGCACAGACAACCACACACGUGUGGACACCUAAGUGGGUGGAGCAGGUCCCGGGCGUAGCCUGUGCACACACUCACACCCGCACACGUGCACUCCCAGAGUUGCUUUGAUGCCGGGUGAGGCCAGGCUGUCUGGAGACUCAGGAUUGGGACUUAACAUCUCCAAAGGGGCCCCGUGCCUCCCCCAGGAGCCGUCUCCCUCUGGCGGGGGCCUGGCUGGAGGCACUUUUGUCCUCAGUGCCCCCACCCCAGGGCCCUGGUGUGCACACUGUCUCCUCUCUUGGACCUCUUCCUCUAGGGGUCCACAGGCUCAGCACCCCCGCAUCCCCACACCCGGCUGUGCUCAUCCCCCACCCGCCCCCGCUUGGCUUUUUGUAGGAGUGAGUGGAGGGUCUGCCCAGAGAAGAGGGGACAAUGGUCCCUUUCUGGACUCUCAUGGGGCUGCCGACAGUCCUCUCUCCUGAGAUUCUCUUCUACUCCCUCAUCCCUCCCACCAACCCCAGUAUAGGCACCCGUGAGGAAGAAGGGGGUCAGAGGUCACAUCCACCCCACUUUCUGGGUCAGUGCUUGGCCCAUAUUCUAAGCAGGGAGAGAGUGAUAGCCCUGUAAGCCGCCUGGGCACCUGUUGGGGACACUUGGCUGGCCCCAUUCAUGGGCGAAGUUCCAUGCUGUUGUACAUGGGGCCAUUUGUUUAUUUUUUUUAAGCAGCAUACAUAGAAACAAGACUGGUUCUGUGUGUUUCAGUUGAAUUUACAUACGGAUGAGUGUUGUGUUGUGAUGUAUAGUUUUUCAUACCAUGAUUGGCUUUGUUUGGGUCUCUCUUCUUUUGGGUAAACUAAUCACGGUACAUUUCUGUUGUUCUCCAACAAGACCCACUCUCUGAUCUCCCAGGGCUUCCUCAUCUCCCUUCUAUCCUGUGGGGUCCACCCCACCCCCAGAGGCUUCCCCUGGGGUGCUAUCCAGCCAAGAGGGUUUUCCAGCCCCUGUUCUAAUGACUGGAGCCUUCCUUGGUUCCAAGAGAGGAUACCACAGACACAGGGAAGCUUCUAGACUUUGGCCCAAAUCUUGCAGCCUGGGGCCCAGGCCUGCCCGCCCCUUAGCUCUUUCAUAAGCUCAGAACCCAGCCCCCAGCCCCCCAGCCCCAGCCCCCAGCCCCAGCCCCCGACACCGCCCCCGCAGAUCUGCCCGCUGCUGCGGCUGCGUCUCCACGGCGCCCUCUAGGGGCCGAGCAGUGUUCCUUUCUCCAGCGUUCCGCUAGCUUUAAAAUGCGUAAUUCAAGCACCCUUACUGAACACAUAGUGAAACGUACAAAUAAAAACCGGUGUACAUAUCUCCAUGUACAUAUUUAUAGAUUCCUAUUAUAAAUGUAUAAAGCAUGGCAUCUCUUUGACAUUCCAAGUUUGCGUUUUUUUAAAAUCCCGGAACUAUGGCUUUGGAAACCUUUUCUGCCGUUCCCUCUUUUCUAUGUAAUAAACAUUCAUGUGGCCUUUCUGGUGGCAUCUUAAA